CCAUAUCCAGACACAUUCAACACAGACAUAAUCAAGCUCUUACAAAUAUAACCCUCAAACAAAACAGCAAAAUGCCUUCAAGCUCAAGAAUUAUGACUCCUCAAACCAAGAAGCCAGGCAGGAAAAUUAAAGCCAGAAAUACUCCUGCUGAGAAGCUGCCAGUUUACGAGCCCAACAUCCCAGAGCCCACAUCCAGAGAGGAACUGCUCAAAUACUGGGUCGAUCUUUCAUUGGAUGAUCGAACUGCCAAUAAAUUGCUGUGGCUGACGGAGGGUGGAGCCAAGGUGUCCCGCAUGACGAAUGAGGUGUGCCCUUACCUGGACAGGCCAGAAAGAUUUGAACACUGCCCACAGGUACUGUGUAAGGAGUCUAUCUGGGCAUCACGGUGUUACUGGGAGGUACUAUUCUCCGGCUGGGUGGUUAUAGGUGUUACAUAUGAGGGUGCAGGGAGGAGGGCAGGCGACUGUGGCCUUGGGGAGAACGAAGAGUCCUGGGCUCUGGGUUGGGCCGGGUCCUGCUAUGACGCCUGGCAUAAAGGAAUAAACAUCAGAGUGACAGACGUGCCUCACUGCAGCACUAUAGGGGUGUAUGUGGAUCAGCCCGUUGGCCUGGUCUGCUUCUAUGCUGUGGAGACAGAGGAAGAUUCCAAGAAAAAGUAUCUGAAACUUCUUCACAGGUUUAAGAAUCCCAUAAAGGAGAAAAUGCUGCCAGGUUUCUGGAUGGGAAGACAGUCCUCCUGUUUAAUACUUAAGAAAGAGGAAUGAGAUGAAAGAAAUGGACACGGCAAGGAAAUACAGAUUUUAAUUCAUAUAUAUAUAUAUAUAUCAAAUGUUGUAGUAAUCCUUACUAGUUCAAAACCUUUUUUUGAUAAAUGUCAGGUUGAGGCAAGUUGCCACAAUGUUUCACAUGUAUACAGUUUAUCAAUUAUGGAUUUGUUGGCCAAAUCAAUAGAUUAAUUAUGAAACAGAAAAAAUAUAAAAGGUAACAUACCAAAAUAUCAGUUUUAUGUUUCAUAAUUAUUUACUUCAUUAAAAAGUGUGACAACUAUUCCCUAUCUCGCCUAUGGCAAGUACUGUAUAUAUAUAUAUAUAUAUAUAUAUUUACACUCACACACACACAAUUUACAGUUCAAUCUGUUCUGUUGUUGCUGACAAGUUCGAUUGUUUUGUUUUUUUGUAUUAUUAUUAUUAUCAUGUAAACUUUUAAUACUCUUCAUGAUAUAGUCUGGUCAUAUUUUUUUAUUUAAUUCUGGGUUGUUUGGUAUUCGCCUAAUAAGAAAAUGCAUCAUUGUGCAUAACGAUGCAGUUGUGAUUUUUAAAGCUGCAGUGUGUAAUUCCUCAUUAAAUAAAAUUGCAAAAAUAAACUACUUUCAGAAUAUUCCCUUUCUUCGUUAUUGGGUGAACAAACAGACCCCAAAUCCUAUUGGUUGAAUGAAUCAAUGUUGCUGUGUUGAGCUGGUUGAGAUGCACAAACAAAAAGAGUGACUUUCUGAAGGACGUAUUUACACUUUUGGGGAAAUCAACCUACUAAUAGUUUAUGCACCAGUAGUUGUCUCUUCAUAUUAAGCCA